AGAGCCAAAGCGCCGAUAUUGGUGCGCAAAUUUAUUAUUAUUAAAUUUUAUUAACAAAUGUACAUUAAAAAUGUACGUUUCGGAUCGUUUUUUGGUCCAUCUUCAGCAUGGAUAAAAAUAUGUAAAGAUUGAAUUGGAAUUUUAAAACUCGACAUACACACCAUUUGUUAUUGCGGUCAAAUUUCAAAUUAAAUAAUUUAUAUAUAUAUUAAGCAGAAAUAAAUUACAAAACUAAUAUAAAAUUGUGCAAAGAAAAUUCCGCAUGCAAAAUAUCGGUGCAUAUGACAAAAAGUUUUUAUGUUUCCAAUAUGUCUCCGCCGAGAUUUCUUCUCCGUCAUUGGAGAAGGAGACCGCAAAACGCAGCUUUCAUUCUCGAUCUGGAUUAUAGUGUCGGUCGUUACAUCUAUUAACUAUUAUUUAUAUAACAUAUUAUUAAUUUUUUCGUAGAUUCAACGUUCGUGGAUUGGUAAAAUAAUGAAUGUAACUUUUAUUUUUGUUGAAUUUCGAAAUGAUAAUACGACUUUUGUUUCCGUCGAGUUUCGAAGUUGAAAAAUACACGCGCGAAAAUUCGUAUUGAAUCUUUAUGUAUGUAUCAAUAUAAUCAAUUUUUCGCAGAUUUAUUAUCGGAUUUACAAAAGCUGAAUAAUUCGAUUAUAAAAAUUAAACUCUUUACAAAAAGACCAUUUUAUAAACAUUUUUAUAAAUAAAGCUAGCUCGAUAAGUAGCAAUUUUUUUAAUGGAUAAUGCUCUGGAAGGUAUGUAAAUUAUGGGAAAACUUAAAAUUGAAAAAUUACGUAAUUAAAAUAGACGCGCUGUUUGCAAACUGAUGAUUUGCAUACAAUAAAAUUCACCGAUUGGCAAAUUGCAAUUGAUUUGCAAAGCACAAUAUAACAUUAAUUCUGGGUCACUGCUUCAGAUCAUAAGAAUGAGAAAAACACAUUUUCUAUCAAUCGAACUAUUGAUUUCGAAAAAGCGAGUUGCGUUAUGAUUUCAAUUUUUGUGUCACUUCCGCCAGAGCUGCUUGCUCUUCACGUGAGAACCGUAGGGAAGGGGGCUCAUCCUUUUGCAGUUGUGCUUUUUAGGACAAUUGCCACGAAUGAAGGGUAGAGGGAGGGGGAAGUUUCGUUGACGGUUGUCGUUUUACACGGCGCGAAGCUGAUAAGUGGGACAUACGCUCCAACAUCUCGGUAUUUCGUAGUGAACUCGCUACCAGAUCGGACCCUCCAUUCAGGAAAGAAUCGUCGCAAGUCUCCGUGUCCAAUAUCGAACUCGCUAUCGUGAUCCUCGCGGGAAGUAAGCUGCGAUCCCAUCCACAUUCGCCCAUAUUUCAGCAAUAUGGCGCCGAAUUUAUUCGGUAGCUCAGCGACUUUAUUCCUCGAAGCUUCCCAGCAAGAUGUAUCGCAGAAAAAAGAUGCGACAGAAAAAACGAUGACGCAAAAAGUGCCGCUGCAAAAGACACAAAAUUCGAAACCCAAAUAUCAAUGGAAGAUCGUUUGGAGAAAUGUGAUAGCUUUCCUUUAUCUUCAUUUGGGUGCGCUUUAUGGACUGUAUAUUUUAACAGUGGCUGCCAAAUUUUACACAUUUCUUUGGGUCAUCAUAGUCGCAGGUUUUGCAGCUGUUGGUGUUACAGGAGGUGCUCACAGAUUGUGGGCCCAUCGGUCUUAUAAAGCAAAAUGGCCAAUGAGAAUCAUUCUUAUGAUUUUUCAGACCAUGGCUUUUCAGAAUCACAUUUACGAAUGGGUGAGGGAUCACAGAGUUCACCAUAAAUUCACAGAUACGGAUGCCGAUCCGCAUAACGCGCAGAGAGGUUUCUUCUUCUCGCACAUGGGGUGGCUCUUGAUUCGCAAGCAUCCGGACGUCAUUAAUAAGGGUGCUACAAUCGAUAUGAGCGAUCUCGAGAAGGACCCCGUCGUCGUAUGGCAACGCAGACUGUAUAUUAUUCUGAUGCCGCUUUUCUGCUUCCUACUGCCCACCUGGAUACCAUGCCACUUCUGGAACGAGAAACCCAUGUACGCGUGGUACGCUACCGUCUUCAGAUACACGUUCUCGCUUAAUCUGACUUGGCUGGUGAAUUCUGCAGCUCAUAUCUGGGGCAUGAAACCGUACGACAACACCAUCAGCCCCACCGACAGUUACAGCGUCGCCAUCAGCGCCUUCGGUGAAGGCUGGCACAAUUACCAUCAUGUUUUCCCGUGGGAUUACAAAGCCGCCGAGCUGGGCAACUAUCGCACCAACUUCACCACCGCCUUCAUCGAUUUCUUUGCCUGGAUCGGCUGGGCGUACGAUUUGAAGACCGUAGCGCAUACCUUAGUGAAGAAACGCGCUGCCAAAACGGGCGACGGUACGAGGUAUAAGCGAACGACCGAUCAUCACAAUACGCACCAUCAUACGCACCAUCAUACGCACGAUGGUGCUAUAUGGGGUUGGGGCGAUACUGAUAUGGCUGCUGAGGAUAUGCAAAAGGUCGAGAUAAUCAACAAAGGCGACUGAGAUCCAAUUUUUCUGGUAUCAAGCCAGUACUGCGUAGAAUAUGCGUAGAAUAUUCGACGAAAUAUAUCGCCGAUGGAUGAUGUUGAAAAUUGAUGACAUAACAAUGGCAACAAAAUUUAUAUUAUUUCUUUUCGAUCAACUCUCGUGCAAAUUAUGCAGCCGAUGGAAAUAUCACAUUUGUUGACACAAAUGUGAUACAAAAUUUUUUUUAACAUAUUAAACAGAAGAACACAUAAUUACAUAAUUUGACUUUAUGCAUAUUUAAUAAUUAUUUCAAUUUGCAUUCAAUAAUUAUUUCAAUCUGCAUUCAAUAAUUAUUCCAGUCUGAAAUUUUAAUUGAGUAUCAUUUCAUCUUACAUCUCGUUCUGUAUACUACUCUUGCAUUAUGAAUUAUUUCUAUGCGAGAAUUGAUUUUAAAAAUACGGUUUUUAUACAAAUUUAUACAAAUACAUAAAAAACGAUGUGUUAAAAAAAAUCGCCACUAAUGUCUUAUACGUCAAGACAAAGACAUCGUAAUAGUCGUCGAAUGCGCACGUUUGAAAUUUCAAGAAAAUUAUUGCUACAUUCAAAAAUAAUCACCCAAAGAAGAGUGAUCAAUCGUUUUAACGAUGUCAAUUAAUAUUUAUUAUAUCUAUAAUAUUACUCAUGUUGUGUCUGUGUACUGUUGUUCCUCUCUUCAAAUCGGCUGUUGAAAAACGUCGCGAAUUUGAUUAACUUACAACAAAUGAGGAAAAAGAAAUAAAUCUUAAGGCUCGACACAGCGAUUUUUUCUCAGACCGAUCGGACUUGAGGAUCGAUCGAUCCAAGUGUUUUCAAUCGGGGAUCUAUGAUCACAAAAAGCGCCUUCUACAUCAUUUUAAAAUAAUAUUCUCUUAAAAAAGCUCGACUUCGUUGAAAAAUUAAUUAAGGUUUCACGACGUUUCACAAAAAAAAGAUUAUUAUCAAGGAUUUUGACCGAAUUUACAGAGUUAUUUUUUAUCUAUAUAUUAUUUGACCAAAUAAAGACUUGCUUUUUUCUUAAAAAAAGAUCAAAAAAUAAAUAAUUUUUAUAUAAUUUUUUGAAACAUGAAAUAUUUUCCGAGAACUAUGCUUCUAAGAUGCAAAUAGAUAAAAUCUUAUUCUCCAUCUAAUUCCAAGCGGAUUUCAAUUUAGAGAAUAAACUUGUGACUUGAGAAUUAGUUACAUAAGCAUUUAAUUUUGAAGAUUAAAAAUUUCUAAUUCUUAUAAUAUCUUUUCGUCAAGGAAAAAUAUAUUUCAAAUUAAUCGAAAGACACAUAAAUAAAAUGCAAAUGAAUAUUCUAUAUAUUAUCACACAUCAGUUGUAUCCACUCAAGAAAAAUAUAUAUAAGGCGUUGCGUGAGAUGCUCAUAAUCAAUCUAAUACGAGCGAGUCGCCCAAAAUAAUCGACCGGCGAUCCAAAUUAACGUGCCGGCAUUUCAUACAAUCAUUAUGUACCUAGAAAUCAAAUUCAUUUGUGGCCUUCUGAAUGACUGACUUUAGGUCGUAUUAGUUUGUAUCGAGACUGUUUCAAAAUCUCGUGGUCAAUUCUUUAAUAACCAUAACGCGAAAGAGCGUGUUAUCGUAAUCGAUUUUUAACACUGUUGUAUAAUAUCGAGUAGUAUAGUUUAAUAGAGAGCCUAAAGUUAAUCGAUAAUGUGGAUACGAAAACCAAUGUUUAUCACGCUUCAUAAAAAGCGGAAAUUAUUAAGAUGGUAAGAAAUUGGUAAAUAUAUGAAAGACAGUUAACAAUUUCAAGUUUUAACGACUAUUGAUCACAUAGAUGAGUAGAAGAAUAGCUCACACAUUAAUUUCGUAUGUACAAGCAAAACUAUUAAACGUUCAUAUCGUGUUUUAAUUGACCUCUGAUUUCUUCCAACAUGAUAAGAAGCUCAUGUGUCACUUUCGCUGUCGUGAUACUGCAACACCGAUCGCUAUUUUUCUACGUUUCUCGUUGUGAUUAUCACGAAUGUAUCACGAUUAAUAACAAUUAAAGCUAAUAUUGCUUUAAUAUUGCAAAAAUGUGAAAUAAGUUCGUAACAUAAAAAAUACGCUUUAGAAAGAUGCAUCCAAAAAAUCUUGUAAAUUAUAGAUUUAUUUCAUUCUUAAUUAUAGCACAAAAUAUACAUUCUUUCUGGUACUAUAGUGCUAUCAAUUUGGGUUUUAUCAAUAGUGCUAUCAUUUAGCGUUGUCAUAUUUAUCAAUAUUAUAAUAAAUAUAUGCAUUAAUAUGUAUUAAUAUUGCAUCGCAGUAAUAUUCCAGUCAUAGUUGCGCGCGCGCAAAACUAUUUUCGUGUCGCACUUAAUACAGAGAUGCAUUAGAAAUCGGCGAUUAGCAAUCGACUCUGAUAUAAUCAAUUCUAUAGAUGAUACGAUGGCAAUCGGACCGCCGUAUAUUACUUAUGUAAUUAAUUAACGAACGAUCCGAGAGAGACAGAGAGACAUCGCGCGACGCGGUCCGAAUUUUGUCUGUCUUUCGUAAAUAAUCGUCAUGUGCUGGGUUUGUGUCCGAUGGCGCGGCCUCGAGUAGCGAUUUCGCAAAGCGAUCGUUACGAAAGUGCAUUGUUCGAGCGUAUAAUGUCAAUUGCGUGACACGCAAUUAAAAUCUCCGCAUCGUUUUAUCAUAGUGAUUGUUAUAACGAAUGAGAAAAACGAGCGUAAACAGAUACAACAGAUUUAAUUGACCAAGUGUCACAUAUAUCACUGUACAAAGAUCAUUAUAAAAAAUCUCGCACGAACGAGUCUUCUUAACAUUCAAGUAGUCACGUGGAUUUUUGCGAAUCUGUAUAUUUGUAAUGACGUUUGUCGAAAGAAUCGUAUAAUUUUGUGAUUAAGAGAAUUAAUAAGAAUAUUCGAGCUUGCCAAAAAUUCACAAAAUUUAUUCUGCCUUACACUAAUCUUUAUAUGUAUGGCUGCUUUUAUUACUUCUGAUUUAUAUUUCCGCGAGAUUCUUUCGCAAAUCGUCAUCGUAAAUAACUUGUGCGAAUCUAUACUUGAAUUUGUAUUAUUAUACCAGUAAACUCGUGCGCGCGUAUAUCUAUUGUACUUAUAUCUGUGAUGACUUAGAAUUCUUCCCUACGAUUGAGAGACGAUUGUUCGAUAAAUUCAUAGAUUAUAACUGAUUCAAGUGCGAGAUCCCUGCGAGAAAAGCCACAAUUUUUCUAUCUUAAAUAUAAAUUUAAAGAGAAUAACACAAUUGGCACUUUCGUUAUGAAUCAUUUUUCUUUUUUAACACGGACCGGUAGUGUCUUAUAAGUUUUAAAAGCAUAGUUUGUAGGGGAUAAAAGACAAGAUGGCUUAUAAUAUUAUAUGAGAUAAGCCGCGUUAAAAUGAAAAACAUUUCGUUGUAAUUACAUUCUUGUUUCACGUGUAGAUUUUGCUAAGACAAUAUCGAUAUAUUUAUACACACUGUAUUUAUAAUAUAUAAAUAAAUUAUUGUUAUU